AUGAAACAAAAGACCCAUACAACUUUUGUGGAGUGGGCCGGUCCAUAUGUUCAUCUCUUGGCCACAAAUAAUCUAAGUAAAAUCAAUUGCUGGAAUAUGAGUUGGGUGGAUGAUGCCGAAGAAGAAGAAGAAAAACACAUGUGUGAGAGUGAGAGAAAAAAACGUCAAGGACUUUUGAGAAAGAAAAAAGCAACAGUCUUAUUGAAGCAUGGUACUUCUAACAAUCGCACCUUCUAUUCAAUGUCGGCAAUGUUUUUGUGUAAUUUUGCAGACGCUUGGAAAUCCCGCUUCAUGGACAAAGGCUUGGAAGAUUUACAAUGUUCUAUAAUUUUGCUUGUACUAUCCAAGUGUGUAGCUCAUUACACUGCCAAGAAAUCAAGGACUUUUAUAUAUUUAACAGGUAUGAGGAGGUACAAAUACGUUAAUAAUUCAUCACCAAGCUUACAAGCAUAA